UUAAGAUUUGUCCAGCUCUAAGCCACGGUCACUCUGGCAGAAUCAACAUAACGGACGCGUUCGCGGCGCAGUAAAAACUGAAAUACUAAUAUUUCAUAGCUUUGCCACUAAAAACAAAAUCGAAGCAUAUCUAGGCAGACAAGUUUAGGUGACUAUUAAAUAGCACAAUUCGAAGUGAUUCGAGCAGAACGUCGUGGAAUUAAUUCGUUAUGGCAAAGUGCAUAGGUAUGUGUGUGCGUGCGUAUAAUUAAACAAAAGUAUUAAGCAAAACGAAGUCGCAUAUUUUACACUACACGCUGCAAAAUAAUCGGGUAAUAAUUGUCGCAGCUGAAGGCGCACUUCCUUCUUCUUCUCCUGUUUUCCUUCUUUUUGUUUUUGCGGAUACGUGCUAGUACUUUUGCAGCUGCUGUUCAGCUAUUUAGUGUGUGUGUGUGUUCACUGCUGUUGUUGUUUUUGUUGGCUCACCUCUCGUUAACCACCUUGAAUGCGAGCGAGCGAGAAGGAAGGAGAGGCGAGAAGAGUGCAAAGUUGAUGCCCGCGAGUGUGCGCGUAUUUGUGAAAACAAAUUAGCUGCGACUGUGUGAGUGCGGCAUUAGUCACUCUCUUUAACUUUUAACUUUUUGGUCCACCUCUUUUGGGCGCAUCAUAAAAAGGCGAAAAAUAAUAAAAGCCUACUAAGCCAGCUUUGCGGAUCGGUUUUUUGCUUUUGAUUCGAAUCGGAUCGGAACGAAUCGGACAUCGUCAAAAGAUAGCAUGACCAUUCCAUCGAGACCAGCGCCGGCGCCACCCGGAUCACGUGGCCAAUGCGCCGCAGCUGGGGCGAACGCCAGCUUAGAGCAGCUGCGUCUGCAGCUCCAGCAGCAACACAUGCAACAACAACAAGCGGCCGGCGGAGGACUUCAAAAACUGACCAUUAAACUCCCGCCACCACCGAAGGGUCCAUUACAGUCGCAGAAUUUACAGCACAAGCGUAACGUCACCCACAAUAAUAACAACAACAAUAACGGCAGCCUUUUCGAUGAGCCGAUAGGAGGAUCUAGCAUCACGAGGAAGUUCCCACAGGCACGCUACACACCGGCCACUAAUUGGGACGAUGAUCCAUUUGGUGGAAACGGGAAUGAUCGCUUCAAGAAGAUGCCACCGCCACGUCCGCCGCCGCCGAAGGUGCUGGUUAAUGGGCAGAACAUGGCCAAAUCCUCCUCAUCGACGGCAUCGGCGGCCGCCGGCGGUAGCAAACUCAUCUCGAACAUCUUCCAUCGCAAGAAGUCCACGUCUACGGCAUCAGCCGCUGCUACCAAGGCCGCAGCAGAAAAUCGCGUCUACGGCCUGAGCAGCGGCAAUGCCGGGACACCAAAUUAUAGCAGCACCAGCAGUGCCUCCUCGGCGGCCUUCAAUGUGGAUUGGAAUGCUGCCUGGAAUACGGCCACCACUACCACAUCGAGCAGUAGCCACAGCUCCCAUUAUGCCUGUCAACAAAUGGCAGAUACGCAGCUCAUCAGCUUCGAUUCACCGCCCUCGUCGCCAACCUUCACCCAGAAGUCCAACAGUGACUGCGUAAGCGUGGACAGCUUCAGUUCGGAUAGUAACUUCAGUUCACCCAACAAUGGCAGCGUUUCGCAACCAGAGAGCGGAUUCGAAGACGACUACCAUCGAUCGCGGCCAUCCACACAGAGUCCGUUGGAUCCUUGGGAAGCGGUUGAUAGCAUUAAUCACGGGGGAGUCGAUACCUUUGGCUCCGCUCCGGUACGUCAAACGUACCAGUUGCAAGCACGCUCGUCGGACAAUCCGCUGUGCAACGGCAAGAGCCUUUUGCCGCCGACCCAGUCGCUUACCAUGCCCACCAUCAUUAAGCCGAAGAUAUCACAAAAGCCAAAGGCUCCAAAACCACCACCAUUUAUCGGGGGCAUACCGCCAGGUUAUAGCAUACCAGUGUUACAUGAAGGAUCAGAGACUCCACCAUCGCCACCGAUGCCUAAGGGACCGCCACCGCCAUUACCCAACGGUGGAAUUUCACUGUUGGACGUGAUUAGCGGAAAAGUAGAUGCGCUGGCGCUCAGCAACGGUUGCCAGGGCUACAUGGAAGAGGAGGUCGUCCCCUACGCCAUUGCGCUCUAUGAUUUCGACGGCGUUGAGGAAGGCGAUCUUAAUUUCAGAGAGAGCGAAAAAAUAUAUUUGCUGGAUCAUCCCACGCCGGAGUGGAUGCGCGGACGCACGCGUUCCGGAUGCGAGGGCAUCUUUCCAAUCAAUUACGUGGACAUCAAGGUGCCAUUGGGAGCCACUGGUGGUGGUGCUGCUGGGCCAGCUACUAGGGCUGCAGCACCCUCAACUAGUCCCCCGCAACAGCUGGCGAACACGGCGCUCUGUUUGUAUCAUUUCCCCGGCGAAGUAGAGGGAGAUUUACCAUUGCAGGAAAAUGAAUUGGUCACAGUGCUUUAUAGGAUUAAUGAGGAUUGGCUUUAUGGCGAGAUUGCAGGUCGUCAGGGACAGUUUCCGGCCAAUUUUCUGGACCAGGUGCCUGCCAAUCUGCCCACAUUGUAACCGUAUAGAGCCAGCGAUCUUUAACGAUCUAUAUAUUGUGUACCCAAACAUUGUCGAUAAGUGAGAAGACGUCAAGCGAACUGAAACAUAUACACAACACAUAUAUAAUUGUAUUUUUACUAUAUUCUAUUCUGUGCGAAAAAAUAUUAAGAAACGAGCAUAUAGUCUAAGACAAUUUAUUUGUAAGAAAAUCGAAAAAUGUUUUUAUGGCAGCAAUGGGCAUGCCUUCCAUUUUCCCGCUUAUACACGGGAUUGAUUUAUUGAUUUUAUGUUUAACCUGCGAAUGGAAUUGUUUUGUUUACUGAAUAAUUCAAUAUUUAUGUAUUAGAAAUGAUUUGCUGAUCCUUAAAGUAUUUGCCUGCCAACCAUAGCCCCAAGCCCAAUAGAGCAGUCAAAAAUAUUGUAAAUAAGUUAAAAUGUACGUGAUUUCUAUUAAUGUUUAAUUAUUUAAAUCGAGUUUAGUUAGACGCUUAGUUAGGCACAUUUACAGAUUCCAAUUUAUGAUGCAAACCGAUUGUUUAUGUAUGUAUUAAUAUUUCUUUAAAGUGUUGAGGGAGGUUCAAAGUGAAGAUGAAAAGUUACUUAUCUAUCCUUUGAAGAGUGCUACCCUAACAAUUUGUAGGACUUAUCAUUUAUAAAAUAUCAGGAUAUCCUAGCAAUGAAGAAUGUAAACAGAAAUAAAUGAAGAUGAUCACAAAAAGUCA